AGCGUGCCCGAACGGUGACCCCGGCCCACCAGGCCCACCUGGACUGCCUGGAACUCCUGGCUCACCUGGACCAAAUGGAGCUGGAUGGGAGACAUCUUUACCUGGUCCACCGGGAGUACCUGGACAAGCUGGUGAGCCCGGUACACCUGGAGCACCUGGCAAAAAUGGACCUCCGGGUGAUCGCGGAAAUGAUGGAACGCUAGGAGGCAAAGGGCCCACAGGUCCACCUGGACAGCCAGGGGUUCCUGGCGAAGCCGGACCUGCUGGCCAACCUGGCCCACCAGGUGCAAGCUCUCUUGCAGGAGCGCCUGGACCCAGUGGACCUGAUGGACGACCUGGCGAACCCGGAGUGCCUGGAACGCCUGGACCACCUGGACGAAACGGUGGACCAGGAACGGAUGCACACUACUGUCCUUGCCCUGGUAGGGCUCCAGGCGGAGCAGCCCGUGAGCGUGCCGCACACAAGAAGAUCAAGGCCUA